UUUAACCCUGAUAAAUAAGACUUCAAACUUUGAUUUUUUUUUAAAGAAAAUUUUUUAGUGUAAUUAGAAGUUUAUGUAAAUUAUUUUGAAAUCAAUGGGUAAACCAAAGCAUCAUCCAAGAGGUAAUGAUAAAGAAGAACCUCCUAAAAAGAUUCCAAGACAACAAAUCUCAACAUCAACAUCAGUCGUUAGAAGUCAAAGAUUACGAAAAUGUAAAAAAUUAACAGAAAAGCCUCCCUUAAAUAUAUGCGAUUUACCCACAGAGUUACUGGAGAAAAUAAUGGGCAACAUCAAUAUCUGGCAUCAUAAUCGAAUACGUGGCACAUCGAAGCGCAUGAAAGAGGUAAAUGACAUUUUUAUAAUGCAUGAAUUUCAAAAGGCCUUAAAGAAAUCUACCGCCCUGGAUCCAAAUAGUGAAGCAAGUGCUGGUUUAAGGAUUAUACAACAAGCUACUGAAAUUUAUAUUCGUUCGGGAUUUGAGUCGACAUUUUGUGGUUGUAUUUUGCCCAUGUUACGAAGCUCCUAUAAGGAUCCAUUUUGUCCUCAUAUUUCUGAGAUUAAAAAGUUUUUAGUACAUUUUUAUGGCAUGGUUUUAGAUCUGAUCGGUGAUACUUCAGCACAGCGUUGGAGGUUGUUGUAUACAAUUAAUCUGAUGAGAUUAGUUAAGGCCUUUGAUAAAUCAAUAAUAUCUUCCAGCCUUAUGCCUUUACACUGGAGAAUUGUGGUGGAGUUAAGAGGCCCCUGGUUGGGUACACUAUGGACAUCUAAAGGCCGAAAUCUCAACCCAGCUAGACAUCGUUGCAAUCUAUUGGUAAUUCUCUCUGAAAUGUUAAUGGCCAAUAUUACUGGACGUAGCUUCAAACAUGUUUGGGAGAGUGCUAGUGAAAUGUAUGUUUUUGGUAAUGAUACAAGCAAUAGCAAUCAUGUACCCAUUACUUUAUUCACCUUUACCGUGUAUGGUUCAAAAAAAAUAUGCAAUCUAUUUCGUUCUUGUCUGGAGGAUGAACCUGAACAAUUUCAAUGGCCUAGUAAAUGGCCAAACGAUCAAUUUACUGUUAACCUGGAUAUUGUUUGCAAGGAAGCCAUGAAAUAUGGUUGUUCGAAGUGGCAACUUAUGGAGUUUGGACCAUUUGCUGAAACAGUUUAUGAUGAGAAUGAUGAAUAAUUUCGAUAUUUAUAAAUGUGAUUUUUGUUAUUGAUUUGUUUAAUGUGUAAACUUUGAAUAAUGGAAAAAAGGAAAUUAAUAUUGUAAGGAAUUCAUAUGAAUAUGGAAAUGGUUGUUAA